UUUCCAGCUGAGCUUCAUCUAGUUCACCAGGCAUCUGACCAGAGCGUGUCCGUUGUGUCAGUUCUCUUCCAAUUCGGCAAGGAUGAUAUACUCAUCUCUAAGAUUAAGGACAAGCUAACUGAGCUGGCCCAGGAGACGUGUAAAAAGGAAGAAGAUGCUCAUAUUCCCCUAGGAACCGUAGAUCUCAACGAGUUGCAGAAGAAGAGCCGCAAAUAUUUCAGAUAUGUUGGUUCUCUCACCGUUCCUCCAUGCACCGAGAAUGUCGUAUGGAACAUUCUUGGAAAGGUAAGGACCAUUUCCCAGGAUCAGUUAAAUGCUCUGAAAGCACCAUUGGAUUCAGAUUGCAAGAACAACUCAAGACCACUGCAGCCUCCUAAUGGACGCCAAGUCGAGCUCUACGAUGAGCGUAGGGACCAGUAAAAUAGUCAACCUAGUUGACAUUUACAUCAGUUUAGUCAAUUGUCAUCAGCGUGAGUUGUAGUAAAAGCGAGUCUUCAUAGGUCAAUUGUCACUGUAUUUUUGUGCUCAAACUUAAGAUAGAACUAAGUAGAGGUCCAAAUCGACUUAUCGAUGUUGAACCGUCAAAGGAUGAGUUGUAGUUAGGAGAAGUACGUAAUCUAGAAAAGAUUGUAUUUUGUGUA